AUGGAGGAGAUCGAGCGACGCUUCCAGGCGCUCGAGGGAGCGUUGCAGGCUGCCGAACAACGGGUGCAGGCUGCAGAGGAGCGCGCCCUGGCGGCGGAGUCAGCAGCAGCGAGCGCAGGCGCCGCCGCGAGCGCAGGCGCCGCCGCGAGCAGGCCCGUGGCAGCGGCGAGGGCCGCGCCACAGGAUCUGGUGGACACUCGGCUUCUAGCGAAGCCGAAGGCGUUCGGAGGCAGCGAGGACGAGUGGCCAGGGUGGAGCUUCAAGAUGCUCGCGUACCUCGGGGCCCUCGACGAGCAGAUGGCCAACGAACUGACAGCAGCCAUGACGUUCCCGCUGGAAGAGGUGAGGAACGCGAGGCUCCUGGAGGAGGGAGCGAGUCAGCGCAGUCGCCAGCUGUACUUCAUCCUCGUCCUGCUGCUGGAAGGAGCCGCACUGCAGCUCAUCAAGCCGGUCGGCGUCGGAGAAGGGUAUCGGGCGUGGAGGACACUGCAAGACAUGUACGAGCCCGACAGACCCGGUCGCCAUGCAGGACUGCUGCAGGAGCUGAUCGCGUUCCAGUUCCCAGAGGACAACAUCGUGGGGAUGCUGGCGGACUUCGACUUCAAGGUCACGAAGUACGAGAGCCAGAGCCACGAGAGGAUUGGGGACAGGAUCAAGAUGGCGAUCCUCCAGCGGGGGAUUCAGGACGAAGCUCUUCGAGCGCACCUGGUCCACAACGCGUCGAGGCUAGUCACGUGGGAGCUCAUGCGCAACGAGGUGCACAUGGUGAUCUCGACGAGGAGCGCCAUCUCAGCAGUGCCGCCACCAGUUCCGAUGGACACGAGCGCGGUGGAGAAGGCGAGGCGCGAGCGCGACAAGGGCAAAGGAAAGAAGGGCAAGGAAGGCAAAGGCAGGAAGGGCAAGGGCGGCGACAACUCCACGGACCAGAGGAGCCAGGCGGCCAAGGACAGGGCCGAGAAACGGUGCUUCCACUGCCACAAGACCGGUCACGUCAAGAGCGAGUGCAGGAAGUUCCUCGCAGAGCAGAAGAAGAAGAAGGGCACCAACGCGGUCGAGCAGGAGUCGAAGCCGUCGGGAGCUCCACCAGCGGCGAGCGCCGCGGGGAGCGCGGCACCGGUGAUGGCGAUCGCGACCGAAAGCGGGGCAGAGCCACUGUGGUGCCUCGCGAUCGAGCUGGAAGAAGGGCAAGAGUCGUUAUCGAGUGGAGCAGCAGCGACGCCCUCAGCACCAGCGACGACAGCGAUCCACCUUCGUUCGAGCGGGCCGUCAAACGAGCACGCGCAGCAGAGGCAGCCAUUCUUGGUCGGUGCCAGCCCAACCGAGCAGCUGAGCCAGCCAGAGGCGUCAAACGAGCACGAGCAGCCGAGGCAGCCAUUCUUGGUCGGGGCCAGCCCGAUCGAGCAGCUGAGCCGGCCAGGGGCAGCAGACGAGCACGAGACGUUCGAGAACAAGGAGAUCAUCGGUAUCAAUGAGCACUGGGUCAUGGUGGAUUCGGGUGCUGCGCGAUCGGUGUGCCCGCCGAGUCACGGGGCCCACGAGACACUCAGAGACCUGAGCGAGCGCAUCAGGCUGGUCGGAGCGAGCGGCGACGACAUCCCGUGCCACGGCGAGCGCUUCGUCACGUACGCGAAGGACGGGCACAAGAUCGGGGUGGACUACAAGGUCGCCGACGUCAAGAGGCCGGUGCUGGGCGUGUCGCAGGCGGUCGACAAGGGCACGUCGUGGGUGUUCACGCCGAGCGGGAGCUACAUGAUCCCGAAGCCGAUCGAGUUCUCGGACCCAGACGCCGUGCCGCUGGUCAGGCGCAACGACUUGUUCUACCUCAAGAUGGACAGGUACGGCGAAGGCGUCAAGAACUCGCUCGUCAUGCCGGUGCGGGGCGAGGAGCCAGGAGGCGAGCCCGGCGGCGCAUCAGCCGCGUCCAGGGCAGCGGCGAGGGCCGCGCUCCAGGGCGGCGGCGGCGGAGGGGCUGCCGCGACCCGCGCUCAGGCCGAGGCGAGCGAGCCGGCAGCGCAGGCAGUGCUCGAGGAGUCCGUGCCAGUUCGAGUCAAGAAGGAUCCGGUGAAGCCAAGCCUGGCCGAGCAGAGGACGCACGAGCUGGUGCACAUUCCGGCGAGGUCCUGGUGCUGGGUGUGCGUCAGAUCCAAGUUCACGGACGACCCGCACUACAAGGCCGGGCACGAGCGCACGGGCGACGAGGUCCAGAUCGACUACUACUUCCUGGGCCAGCUGAGCAUCCUCAACAUGGUGCACAUGAACUCCCAAGCUAUUCAUGGCAUCAUGGGGCCGAAGGGUACCGACGCCUACAUGGUCAAGACAGCGGUCGCCACCAUUGAGAACUGGGGGCUGGAUCGCAUCGUGCUGAAGCACGACCAGGAGGCGUCGAUCACGGCCCUGGCGAGGGAGAUCAAGGCUCAGCGGAAGGCGCCCACGAUGAUCGAGUCAGCUCAGCGGGCUAACCAUCAAGGAGUCGGUGGAGUGGAGCGCGCCAACGAGGAGCUCGGCAAGCAGAUCAGGGCGCUGCUGUUCUCGGUGGGCGACAACUACAAGCGGGAGCUUCCAGCCGAGCAUGGGCUUCUACCUUGGCUCAUUCGGCACGCUGGCUGGCAGCUCAACCGCUUCACGGUGCACGGCAACGGCAAGACGACCUACGAGGUGCUCAAGGGGAGGCCGUAUCGGGGCGAGCUCGUCAACUUCGCGGAGUGCGUUUGGGCGAGGGACCCCACGCCGACCUCCAAGCUGCAGCCUCGGUGGCACGCGGCGGUGUGGCUGGGCAAGACAGAGGUUUCGGACGAGCACCUGGUGGCGGGUCCAACGCGCACGACGAGGGUGCGCACGGUGAGACGGCGACCGGAGGGCGAGCGGUUCGUGCUGGAGGAGCUGGACAAGUUCGCUGGGGUGCCGUGGGACAUGCACCGGGCUCCACAGAUCGGCAUCGUGCCGACGGGAGCGCCCCAGGUGGAGCCGAACCAGCAGCGGCUGAUGCCGCCACCUCCACCACCGCCGGUGGCCUUACCGGCUGCGGGCCCGGAGGCGCUGGUGCCACCAGCGAUGGUCGGGCCGGCGCCGCCCGCGGGGCCAGGAGGCGCAGGGCUGAGGUCGACGUACAUCACGAGGGCGUUGAUCGACAAGUACGGCUGGACCCCCAUGUGCCCGAGGUGCGUCACAGGCAUGGGAUCGCACAGCGAGGAGUGCCGGAAGAGGAUCGAGAACGAGCUGCGCAAGGAAGAGAUGGCCAGGGCAGCGGCGGAGGCCGCGCCCUCGUCGGCAGCGGCGGGGGCUGCGCCGACGCCGGCGGCGGCGGGAGCCGCGCCGGGGCCAGCGGCUGGGGCUGGAGACGGCAGACCAGGAUCGUCCGGGGAUGCCAGCAUGGCGCCUCGCGACGACCAGGGCGAGGCGUCGGCGAAGAGGCCGCGCCAGACAGCGGCGAUCACAGUCGGGUCGCUCGCAGUCGGGGCCUUCGUGGAGAUCAAUCCCUGCACGUACGAGGGCCUGGACCAGCAGUCCCACGAGGAGCUCGAGACGGUCACGGAGAUCGAGAGCUGCGAGCCGCUGGAGAUCGGGAUGUUCGAGGUCAGCCCCGUCGAGCCGGCGGCGAUCACGGUCCUGCCAGACACGGAGAAGCACGUGUACGACGCGAGGAGCGGGAAGGAGCUCCCCAGGGACCUGGCCAGGCGCGGGCGCGAGGCCGAGAUCGAGGAGAUGCGACGACACGGCGUCUUCGAGGAGGUCCGCGUGGCCGAGAGCCGGGGCAAGGUGGUGCGUUUCAAGUGGGUCGAGGACCUGCGCACCAAGGACGGCGUCGCCAUGGAGAUCAACACGUACGGCCGAGAGGACUGCAACGCGGGCACGCCGCCGAUCGCCAUCGUCAGGCGCAAGAUCAGGUGGACGGGCAAGGGGUUCGUCUGGAUCGGCGACACGAAGCACGUGACGAGGUGCGUGGAGCUGCUGGGCCUCACGGAGUGCAAGCCGGCGGACACGCCUGGGAGCAAGGCCACGGGCAAGAGCGUCCGGGAGGCGCUGGAUCCGCUUCCGCACGACGAGGCGAAGCUCUACCAGCAGGUCGCGGGGCUCGUCAACUACGUGGCGGUAGACAGGCCGGACAUCCAGUUCGCGGUGAAGGUGAUCCUCACGGACAUGGGGAAGCCCACAGUCAUCAGCAUGCUUAGGCUGAGGCGGUGCGUGCGGUAUCUCCACGGUCGGCGCGAGCUCGGGUGGUUCUACGAGAAGCAGGAGAUGCCCAAGGAGGAGGAUGAGAUCACGAGGAAAUCGACCAGCUCCGUGUACGGCUUCUUUGGCAGCCACCUCCUGGAGACCCAGGUGGCGUCGCAGCCCGUCGUCGCGCUCAGCAGCGGAGAGGCCGAGUUCUACGCCAUCGGCCGAGGCGCGGCGAGUGCGAUCAUGAUGCGGCAGUUCUACCAGCAGUGUGGCAUCGAGGUCGCGUCGAAGGUUCACAGCGACUCGAAUGCAGGCAGGGCGAUCGCGACGCGGAUCGGCAGUGGCAAAGUACGGCAUCUACAGAUACGAGACCUGUGGGUGCAGGAACGAGUCAGGCUCGGCGAGCUACAGCUCGGGCGAGUCGACACGGAGAGCAACAGGAGCGACUUGGGGACCAAGCAUCUGGACGGCAAGCGGGUGCUCAAGUUGCUGGAGAUGUCCAACCUGCGGCUUCUGACCAAGGGGCUCGCCGCGGGCGUGGGCGUCACUUUCACGGAGGCGGCCGAGUACGGAGACAAGCAGUGCUCCACGGCCGCUGACGACGAGGUCGAGUCGAACAUCGGCUCGAUCGUUCUCGCCAUGAUCGUGUUCAUCAUCGUGCUGGUGCUCGCGGUCAAGGGCGCAGUUGUGUGCACGAGAGGAGCGGUGCAGCUCUUCUCAUCUGGGGCGGCGAGUGCUGCCCCACCAGCGGGAGCGGCGAGGGCUGCCCCGCAGGCCGACGGCACGGCGGGGCCCGAGGCGGCGUCGAAGGACGCGCCUGAGGGGCAUGUCGUUUCUCGGGCAGCGGCGAUAGCUGCGCCUGAGCGGGUCGCCGAAGGGCGAGACCUCGGUUCGGAGUACUUCGGGAAGAUGCUGGCUGAGGCCACCGUGGCAGAGCUCAAGGAGGAGCUCAGGUGGCGGAAGCUGCCAGUGAGCGGCUUGAAGGCGGACCUCAUCGUCCGUCUGUCGAGGGACGGCGGCCAGCACAUGGCCAGCAGUGAGGGGCUGGCUGCAGCGGCGUGGGCCGCGCGGCUGGUUCCAGGCAGGGUGCCUAUCCGAGCGUUUCGCUCGGAUGCGAGUCUAGGCUCGCACCUAGGCGCGCUUCUCAGCAGCACGGGGUAG